CCACCUUGAUGCUGACAGUUUUUCAAGCGGUCGGACUCCAUAGCCACGGGACAGAAUUAGGCAAAGCAAUGAAUUGGUUAAAAACGUACAAGGAAAUAUAAAUUCAUUCGUUAGUAACCUGUGAAUUACAUAUGUAUUGUUGAGAUUGUUAGGUAAAAAGAAGUCUUGGAAUAAUUGACAUUAAGAAAGAAAAUUAUGACUGCGCGUCCAGUUACUAAGCAGCCGCGAUCAAAAACUGCGUCAUCGUUUGAAUUAACAUGGGUUAGAUCACCCGUGGAAAGGACCGAGGAGGGAAUACCUGCCGAGCUGAUGGUUCUAAAAGAUAUUCAGAAAUUGAUUAUACGGCAAACAGCGGAUACUAUAGGCGUCGGGUGUAACCAAGACAAUGAAUAUCGUAUCUUAAAUAAAACGAAACAACAGGUAUUCUUCGCUACUGAAGAAACGACAUGUUGCUGUAGAUGCCUAUGCGGUCCAGCACGAUCAUUCAACAUCUACUUGCAAAAUAAGCACGGACAGGAGAUAGUGCGAUUCGUGCGGCCGGUCCGGUGCGAUGGAUGCUGCUGUAUGUGCUGUAUGAUGCGACUCAUGAUACAGACACCAGAUGGAGAAGUGCUGGGAUAUGUCAAACAAAAGUGGAAAUUGUUUGGGGCAAAGGUUGUUGUUGAAACAUUCGAUGGAAAGCCAAUUUUGGAAAUUGUCACAUCUUGCUGUCCUUGUCGAUGUUUCCGUGACAUGGAAUUUAAAGUGUUUGCAUUAGAAACGGAGGAAGAGGGUGCAAUAAAGAAACAGUGGCGAGGAAAAAAAGAUACCCUGAAUGUUGAUCACGAACAGUUCAUUAUAAAUUUUCCAUCGAAUCUUGACGUUAUUGGGAAGACUUUGCUGAUUGGUGCAAGUUUUCUUAUGGACUUUAUGUUCUUCGAAAUGACAUGAGAUGAAAAAGUGAUGUUGCAUUGGGUUUGCAAAACAAGGAGGGAUCAUUGAUGGCAGAUCUUCAAACCCUGCUCCCUGCUCAAACAUAAUAUUUCUACAGUGCAACCGACAUCAACAGAUAGCCUAUGAGUUCAAUGACACAACGGAGAUUUUUUUAUCGACUUAGGUGGCGCCAGGAUUUGCCCGACGGGGGAGGGGGGUCCCAUAUCCCUGACUAGAGCAAAGUGGUCCAGGGGCCGGGGGCGUUAUAAUAUAAUAUAUGAUAUUGAAAAUACACAUAGUGUUUCCCCCCCCCCACCCCUACGAACUGUGUUUUUUCCCCGACGAGUGGGAGGGGGGGGGAGGGGCUGGGCCCUCCACUGACGUCACCCCUAAUAUGACUGAUCAGAUAAAUGACGCCAUAUGACAACUGACGCCAUCAAUCCAUUAUUUUGUUGUCUGUAAUGGCAGUUCUCGACCGACUUUCACUUAGCUUGCCUUUUCAUAAUAUAUCCACGUUGGAUACACCCAAUCGUAAUGAAGAUGUCCAUAAAAAAUAAAUAUAUGUCUAUUAGUAUAUGUUUGAAUAAUCAUAUCCUUUUCAGAAGUAUUCAUAUAUAAUACAUUAGUUUGGGCGGUGUAUUAUGAGUUAAUUUCACUUUUAUUUAUUUGUCCUAAUACAAAUAAAUAGCUGACCUUCAAAACAAAAUGUGUACGUUCUAUAAUUAUAUAAACUUACACUAUACUGUGCUUUAAUUGGCAUAUCGGCCGCUAUAUAAGUGUUAUUUUAUAUAAAAAUUUAAUAAGUUUAUAUCAAUGGUCAUUUGGUAUUUUUCAGGCUCUGUUUCUGAUCUCUCGUCAUUUCAAGGCGUACAUUUGUUUUGAUCACAAUAAAUCUCAACCACAACCCUACAAAGCAUACUUCUAUGCCAUCACUUUAUUUCUGAACACCAUAACAUGUCGCAGAAAAUGUGACAAAAAAGAAUAGGGCUAAGCUGUUGAAUACAAAGAAAGCUAAUGCCUGUGUAAAUAAUAGAUAUUACUUAACAGUAAAUAAGUUUUAAUUCUAGAAGAGUGUCGUACAGUAUUAGCAAUGAGUAACAGUUGAACAACACUAACAGCAAAACUGUUACAAUGUGGAGCUAAAGUUUGGUGGAGAAAACACUUCACCAGGAGCAUGAAAUAGCCAAUAAAUAGUGUUAAAGCUAUACA